AUGUCCCUGUCUCUGUGUGACAUGCUGGAGUUCCAGAAGCUGCUGCGCUCCAAGCGUCCCGUGUAUGAGGCCACGCUGCGCAGCGGGCGCUUGCUGCGGGAGAGGGCCCAGCUGACCGAGGACGUGCAGCUGCUGGAGGAGCUGCUGGCGGAGCUGAAGGAGCGCUGGGAUGACAUGGGUGGCCGGGCUGUGGAGAGGCAGCACAAGCUGGAGGAGAGCCUGCUAUUCUCGGGCAAGUUCACGGACGCUCUGCAAGCCCUGCUGGACUGGCUGUACCGGGCCGAGCCACAGCUGUGUGAGGAGGUGCCGGUUUCAGGAGAUCGCGACCUGGUCAGCGACCUCAUGGACAAGCACAAGGCUUUCCAGAAGGAGCUGGGCAAGCGAGCCAGCUGCAUUAAGAUGCUGAAGCGCUCGGUAAGGGACCUGACUCGGGGCAGCAGCAGCGUCGACUCCCAGUGGCUGCAGAAGCAAAUGGAGGAGCUGAGCGGCCGCUGGGACCUGAUCUGCAAACUGUCCAUCUCCAAGCAGGGCCGGCUGGAGGCUUCGUUACAGCAGGCAGAGGAGUUCCACACCCUGGUGCGCUCGUUCCUGGCCCACCUGGCUGAGUCGGAGAAAACCCUCCGGCACGGUGUCUUCCCGGAGGAGGAGGCGGCCAUGCGUGAGUGCCAGAGCCAGCUGCAAGAGCUGAUGAAGACUCUGCAGUGCCAGCAGCUCGAGCUGGAGUGCAUCACGUCCCUGGGAGAGGAGAUCCUGUCUGCCUGCCACCCUGACUCCGUCGUCACCAUCAAGUCCUGGAUCACCGUGGCCAAGAGCCGCUUCCAGGAGGUGCUGAGCUGGGCGCAGCAGCAGGGCGAGCGGCUCCAGGCCCAGAUGGCCAGGCUGGCCGCAGAGCGGGAGGAGAUGGGCCGGCUCGUCGACUGGAUUGCAGCGGCUGAGGAGUCGCUGAGCCUGAGGGACCAGGAGACACUGCCCGACGACGCCCAGCAGCUGGAGGAGCUCAGCUCCCAGCACGUGGAGUUCAUGGAGGAGCUGAACCGCAAACAGCCGGAUGUGGAGGAGGUCACGAAGAGCUGCAAGCGCAAGCUGGCCCCGGAGCCGGGGCCGCCGGCCACCCGCAGGCUGGCUACAGGGCGACGCAGCACUGUGAAACCCCCCGCACCACUCCCCAGAUGCCGCUCAUCGACCUGGAGCCCC